AUAAAAUAUUCCCACUUCAGUACACGAGGCAGUCAAAUGAGGUGUGUUCUUGCUCUGUUUUGAAAGUUUAAACGCCUUGUAUGAUUUGGUCUCUCAAGAACUGCUCAACCUCCAAUCACCGGAUAUCUCUUCGAACUUCCUUCAACACGAGGACAUGCUUGCCUAAAUCAGCAAACACCAAGAUUAUAUAUUUUUUUCGAUUUCGGUUUUGAAACGUAACUGAAAACAUCACAUCACAAGUACUCGUUCCAACCAUUCUUGACGAUGGCAGCCAAUAUAUAUACGAAUUCCUCACCACAUUCCCAGCAACAUCAGCGCCAAUUUACGCGAGACCCGGAUGCAAAGAUAUGUGUGGGGGUGUCCGGAUUCCAUACCCAUUCGGAAUCGGGUCAGGGUGUUAUAUCAAUGAAUGACACAAUCCGGAACAACAGUCAGAUCUUGAGCGUCGACUUGGGUGAUAGCCCUUUCCUCUUUUCUCGAGAAGAUAACAAAUUCACUGUCGAGGGGUGUGGAAAUGCAGUUAUCUUGGAGCAAAAUAACUUGGUCACAGGGUGUUCGACGAUAUGCCCAAACCAAACUAUCAACCCAAGAAACAAUUGUUAUGGGAUCAAUUGUUGCCAAACCACGAUUCCUUACUAUCUUAAAACAUACACCAUCGAUACUACACGCUUGCAAAGCCAGGAUUCGGGUGGAGUUUGUGGGUCUGCGUUCCUGGUGGAUGAACAAAUGUACUCUUUUCGCAAGUUUUCAAGGCAAUCUGCCAUUGUUGGCAACUCCUUUGUUCCAAUUUCACUUCGGUGGACUCUAAGACUAGAAGAAAUCGGUGAAAGUGAUUGUUCUUCAAUGGUAAGAGAGGAUCUUUAUCUGGGUAAUGGUACCAACAUUGAAUCUUACAAAUGUACUUGUAAGCCAAUUGAAGAAGGAAGCCCGUAUUUAACCAAUGGAUGCCAAGCUGUUGGACCAUGCGCCACGUGUAUCAAUGGAUGCGUGCAAAUUAAUGGGACAGGGAAUUUCACAUGUCUUCCUACUCAAGCUAGAGGAAAAUCAUCAACGACUGGAGUUAUUCUAGGUGUUAGCAUAAGCAUCGGGGUACUACUUCUUACAGCAACCACCUUCGCUUUAUACAAACUAAUCCAAAAAACAAAAGACAAAAGACAAAAAGCACGAUUUUUCAAACGAAACGGAGGCCUACUACUAAAACAACAAGAAACUACAGACGAAGGAUUAGUCGAUAAAACCACACUUUUCACUGCGAAAGAGUUAGAAAAAGCAACCGACCACUUCCACGAGAAUCGAAUCCUCGGUAGAGGAGGCCAGGGAACUGUCUACAAAGGCAUGUUAACCGAUGGAAGGAUUGUAGCUGUGAAAAGAUCAAAAAUAGUAGACGAAAGCCAAUUAGAACAGUUCAUCAACGAGGUGGUUAUCUUAUCGCAAGUCAACCAUCGGAACGUGGUCAAACUUCUCGGAUGUUGUUUGGAAACCGAAGUCCCUCUUCUUGUAUCUGAAUUUGUAUCGAAUGGGACUUUAUACGAACAAAUUCACAAUGAAACGGACGAGUUCCCGAUGACAUUAAACACACGGUUACGGAUCGCAACCGAGAUCGCUGGAGCUUUAGCGUAUUUACAUUCGGCUACUUCAAUUCCGAUAUACCAUCGGGACAUUAAAUCGACUAAUAUACUCAUGGAUGACAAAUUUCGAGCGAAAGUUUCGGAUUUUGGGACUUCGAGAUUCGUAGCAAUUGAUCAAACACAUUUGACGACGUUAGUGAAGGGGACUUUCGGGUAUUUGGAUCCGGAAUAUUUUCAAUCGAGUCAAUUUACGGAAAAGAGCGAUGUUUAUAGUUUUGGGGUUGUUUUGGUUGAGCUUUUGACGGGGGAAAGGCCGAUUUCAGUGACGCGAAUUGGUGAGCAUAGAAGUUUGGCGACUCAUUUUAUGUUGGCUAUGGAAGAAGGUGAGGGGAUGGGGGUUUUUGAUCGGAGGAUUGUGGAGGAGGGUGGUCGGGUUGAGGUUAUGGCGGUGGCUGAGCUGGCGGUGCGGUGUUUGAAUUUGAACGGGAAGAAUAGGCCUACGAUGAAAGAAGUGGCGUUAGAAUUGGAAAGAAUUAGGGCGAGUUAUUUACCAUCUGGAAAUGGUGUUGGGAAGUUGAAGUACAAUGGUGGAAUGGAAGAAGAAAUGAUUUUGUUCUCGUAUGAUGAUGAUGAUGAUAUACCAUCAACAAGUACUUAUUGAUUAAAAUGUUUGAUUUACUUGAAUUAUUUAUUAUUAUUAUUAUUAUUAUUAUUAUUAUUAUUAUUAUUAUU